AUAAGCAGCAUAAUUAUAUGUUCAUUUGUAAACUACCAUGGUGUCAUAAAACUUAAUAAAUGUUUUACAAAAAUAAAUUAAACUUGAUCAAAGGCAGUAGUUAUCGAUUGAUCAUUAUACCACGAUGGUAAUCAGGAGCAACUUCACGAUGGUGUGGUGUCGAAGAAAUGGCGGAUUGUUUUUACACGGGGGGAAUUGUAAAAAUUUAAGCGUGAGACAUGUGGGUGUUGUGACGAUUCACGAGCAAGUAGUCAAUUAAAUACUCGUUUCGGCAUGAGUGACCACUUUUGGGAACCUUUAGCCGAAGUAUACAUCGCGGAACAACCAGAGGUUUCUGACUCUGAUAGAUACAUUUAUUGUCUUUGCAGCAGAAUAUUUGUUCGAAACCCAGAAGUUUAUACAAUUCUUGCUCUGGAGGAUGCUAGUGAACAUGAAGAUGUUGAAGGUGAUUGUGUUGGAGAAAUGUUAGAUCUUCAUAAAAGGUCUAUCAUAGAAACACAAUCCAUUGUGAAGCACGAUGAAGAACCAGUGAGCUGCUACUGCAGUGCAUCACACACAGACAACAAUUAUUCCACAGAUGAACAUGACUCUGUUCGUGAUUCGGCUCAUCGUCCUACUGCACAUUCCCUCACACAAAAAUUGGGUUUGCACCAGUCAGACUCAGGUGCAGACCUAUCUGAAUACCAUGAUCAACAUGAGGCUAAAAGCAUACAAAACCUGUUGGCAUCUUAUGGAAAAACUUUCCAAACUACAGAGACUAAACUGGAAGAUGAAUUUGAAAAAGUGAAUGUACUUACACAGCACCAACAAGAUAAAGACUUACAAUUUAACUCUAAACUAGUAGAUAUUCACUCAUCAGAUCAUCUUGCAGAUAACAUUGAAGUUUUAAAUUUUAAUCCAUCCAUUUGUAAGGAAAAGAAAUUUCAUAUAGAAAAUUCGUGUACUUUAGAAGACAAAGAUUUUGAGAUUCGUAAUAUAUUUAAAAAUGUGUCCUUGAAUGAUACACAAACUCGUAAUAAUGAUGUCACAUUUACGUAUAAGCGCAACCGUAACUCUCGUGGUUAUCCAUAUUAUUCUAUGUAUUCUAAAACUAAAAGUCCAGUGGAUAUUGCAUGGGAGAAAUACUGGUCUCAAAAUGGUGAACAUGUAAUUUGGACAUCUUGGAUUGCAAAAUACGCGGAUUACAUAAAUCCAGAAUAUCUCCAGCAAAAUGCUUAUUUAAUAGGUGAUGAAAGAGUGAACAUGAAAGAAACUGUUGAAAAAUUCUCAGAGCAGAACACAUGUUUUCCCAGUCAAGCACAUAGAAAUUGUGAACUUGAUCGCUCAAAUUUUGAAGGACUAUUUAACAAAAGUAACAAUGCUAGUAAUAAUGAAAUAAAAGUGAAGGACGCGUGUAGCAUUAAGUUUUCGUUCGAUGACAUAAUCAAACAAGAAAUAAAUGAUAAAGAUGCAGAAGAAAAUAGAAAAAAGUUGAUAAACUUUGAAUUAUCACCAGAAACUGGAGAUGGUUGGAACCCAUUGAGUCCUUUUAGUAUGGAAGAAAGUUAUAAUCAACAAUCUAAUGCAGAAGAUGAAAGACUUUUAACUAGGUGCGAUUCUAUUAAUGAGUCAAUAGCAAAAACAAACGCAACAUCAGAUUCCAUGACAAAUGUCACAAAAAUGACCCUUACUAGUUCUAGUUGUGACUCCAUUUCUACACAUUCAUCUAGUCUCAUCAGUUCUGUAACUAGUUCCAUUGAAAGCAAUAUAACAAAUAGUUCUGAUCAAGAUAAUGAAUACACAUCAGAAGAUAAUGAUAAAUAUUGGCAGCAUUUAUGGAAAGAAAACUUCCAAAUAGAAUACCAAAAGCAUUAUGAAUUAUUUGUAGGGAUAUAUAAAAGGGAGCAAUCUGAGAUUAGUAAUCAAAGUUAUAGCCAAGAACAUAAUGAUGCAGAGAUGAAAGAAGAAGAAACUGAUGAAAGUAUAGACCAAGAUUUUAAGCAAAGAGAAACAGAUAUGUCUAAUAAAAUUAAUAUUUCUGAAAAUAAGAGUGCAUCUAACAAAAUCUUGUCUUUUAAAUGUAAGAAAGAAAAGACAAGAAAAAAACGAUUAAUUAUGGAAUCGGUAGGGAUGCUCAUACAAAACUUAACAAUGAAAUCAGAAGACAGUGAAUCUGUUGUAGAUAAAAAUGAAAAGGCCAGCGAGAUGGAAUAUUCACAAGAAGGUGAAAACAGCGAUCAGACGUUUGUUACACAAAAUGAAAAUAGUGCAAUUGUUUCUAGUAAUACUAGCGGCAAUAAUAGUACUCAACGAAAUUAUUCUGAUGGAGGGGAUGGGGAUAAGCCCAAUGAAGAUAAACCUAUAACAUUGAAACGAAGUCACGAGGCUGACUACGACGAUACAGGAGAGGGUCUAGAAAUCGUAAAAAAGGCAUUUUCAUUGAUGGGUUAUACUUUUAACGAAAAUCAUGAGCAAUCAAAAUUACAAGGAGAAGUAGUAUACAGGAAAAAGAAUAUUAGGUUACAAAAUAGGCAAUUAAAAAUGAAAUGCUAUAGAUCCAAGCCUGCAAGUAAACAUAUUUAUUUCGAUGAUAACGGAGUGGAAAUUACUAACACUAUAGACAAAGUGAAACAUUACCUAUCAUAUUGCCCUGUUUUGCCAUCAGCAGAAACAGAAUUACAACCCUCUGAAAAAGGUUCCUACACAGCACAAUUUACGUCAAGUUCUGAUGAUGAAUGUGAUCCUAGUCUUAAGACAAAGUUGCAAACAAAACGACUUCUAUUUAGUAAACCAAGCACAAGUUCAGUAGAAUCCGGAGCAGAUAAAAGACAAUUUGAUGAUGUUCGCAAUGCUUUUAAUAUGUUCGAUAAACAAGAUAACGUUUUUAAAAGUGCCGAGGAUAAUAAUAUUUAUUUUGAUCAAGAUGAAACGAGUGAUUCUACAAAAUGUAUAUCAGAAGAUCAACUUCCCGAAGCUAAUACUGACAACUUUGAUGCAUUGAAUGCCGAUAUGGAUAUAGAUGAAAAGGAUAGUAACAACGAAAAACAAAGUGCGAAAUUAUCAGAUGAAGAUAGUGUAAAAAAGACGCAAAAGAAAAAACGAAGGAAGCAAUCUAAAAGAAAUAUAAGCCUUCCAGUAGAAGUAGACAAUGAUAAAACUUUAAUGAAAUAUUGGUUAAAGAGGUACAGCCUAUUUAGCAAGUUUGAUCAAGGCAUUACAUUGGAUCGUGAGAGCUGGUUUUCCGUAACGCCGGAAAAGAUUGCCGAGCACAUAGCCGAAAGAUGCAAAUGUGAUAUCAUAAUCGAUGCAUUCUGUGGCGCAGGAGGAAAUGCUAUUCAAUUUGCUUUUACAUGUGAAAGAGUACUCGCAAUAGAUAUAGAUCCAGCUAAGAUCCAAAUUGCUCGAAACAAUGCGCGAAUUUAUGGUGUUGACGACAGAAUAGACUUCGUUGUUGGAGAUUUCCUUAAGCUCGCACCAAAGUUAAUGGCCGAUGUUGUGUUUCUAAGUCCUCCAUGGGGAGGACCUGGAUACAUCAAGAAUGAAACUUUUGAUCUCAAUAACAUUAUGCUUCCCGUUGGUGGAGUAAAUGUAUUUAACAUAGCAAGAAAAAUCACAGAUCAUGUGGCCUACUAUCUACCUAGAAAUGUAGAUACUAUGCAGCUUGCCAUGUUAGCCGGAGUAGGUGGUGGUGUAGAAGUGGAGCAAAACUUUCUUGACAGAAAGUUAAUAGCUUUAAUGGCUUAUUAUGGCGAACUGCCCAGGGACUGUUAGUUGUG